AUAGUUUUUCUCUCCAACCACUUAAAUUUCUCUGGCAAUCACACCCUUCACUCAUUCCAAGGUUGAGAAUGCACCUCUAUUUUAUUUUAAAAAUCAAAAAUCCAAAAAACGGAAAUCUUAUUCUUAUCAAAAAACACCCACAACGAAGAAAUGGAAAUUGUGGGAACAACAACAAUGAACCUUUUAACUCAAGCUCCCGCAGGAGCAUUAUCCGCAACUCAUCGUUGUUCCCUCAAAUUCACUCAUCCUAUUCCUCCCCUUUUUACUCAUCGUCGGCCCAAUAACAUUACCUUCCCCAAACCACUCACUCUUACUAACGCCGGGCCCGGUGAGAAUCGGGAAAGUUCUACGGCUACUAGUACCAGUACUACUAGUGAUGGAUUUUCCGGGUCGGAUAAUGGGUCGGGUUCGUUGAGAUCGGAUGAGCCCAUUUCGUUUGUGGGUCAAGAUAGUGUGCCGCUAGAGGGUGUUAUUCAGUUUGAGAAACCUGAUUCCUCUUCGUUAAGUGAUAAGAUUAACAAAUGGGGUUGGGUGGCAUUGUUAGCUGGUGGAGAUGUUGCGGCUCUGUUAUUGUUUUCUGCAAUCGGAAGGUUUAGUCAUGGCUUUUCUGUUUUUGAUCCCGACACACUACGAACAGCUGAUCCUUUCGUUGCUGGUUGGUUUUUGAGUGCAUAUUUCCUUGGAGGAUUUGGGGAGGAUGGUAGAGGAAAGAAUGGUCUGUUUAAGGCUUUCAUUGCUGCUACCCAAUCAUGGUCAUUAGGUAUUCCGGUGGGUUUAGCUAUAAGGGCUGCCACUGUGGGUCAUAUACCCCCAAUCAACUUCAUAAUAGUUACAAUGGGGAGUACGGCCGUGUUACUAAUUGGAUGGAGGACACUCUUGUUCAGCAUUUUACCAAUGGACAAGCCAAAGAAGAAUGACAUUUACAAGAGCGGAGGCCCUUUUGAAUUUCUUGAGUUGCUGACAUCAUUGGUAAGAAGAUGGUGAUUGUGGUAGCAGUGCACUUGUUGACGUUUUAUUGUUGCUAACGGGAAAUUUUCCAGUAUGUACAUGUCAUUUCUCGGUAUAUGUUAGAUGUGAGGGACUUGAGCAAUGUAGUUUGUCUCAAUAACAAUGGAAGAAAAUACAGUUUCCAUCCAUUCCUCGUAAAUCUACAGGUUGCUUAAAUUGGUGCAUAAAAA